CACCAACCAAUUAGAGUAUCCAUGUCACUUCAACAUUUAAACCAAUUUCUAUUUAAUGCGGCUUCGAAUCGCUAGAACUACCAGAGCUUUUUGAGAAUACGUUCGUCCUUUGCGCUUUAGGCGCAGAAUUCUAUCCAUUACUCUCACCGCUCCUCGCGAUACAAACUUUAGACCUCAACGAUGAUCGUCCUUCAUGCCUUCAUAAGAUACAUAGCCGCACCAGUGCUCAUUACAAACGCAAUAUUAUACACUCUUGCAUUCUGUCUUCCUUCCUCCCUAGCGAACGGUCAUCCCAAGCGGCUAGCGACUUUUUUCGCUCGAGCCUUCGCCUUCAUAUGGUCGUUGCUACUAUGCGCGGCGUACGGUAUUAUAAUAUCAUUGGUGCUCAGGUUUAUAGGUAAACCCGGAUUAGCACAAUGGGCUGUAGCUAGGGCGUUUAAGUAUGUGAUGUUUUUGUCCACCGGCGUGUGGAUUACGAUAGAGGAUGAGUUUGGGGGUUUGAAGACGAGGCCUAUGGUCCUUAUUGGCAAUCACCAGACUGAGCUCGACAUCCUUUUCCUUGGACAUCUGUUCCCACCGUACACAUCCGUGACAGCAAAAGCGAGCCUAAAAUGGACACCAAUGCUGGGCCAGUUCAUGUGGGCCUCGAAGACAAUAUUUAUCGAUCGCGCAAACUCCAAGUCUGCUCGAGCGGCAUUCGAUGGUGCCGCGAAAGAGAUUAAAUCCUCCUAUCAAAGCGUUUACAUAUUUGUCGAGGGAACAAGGUCAUACAGCGUUGAACCUACACUCCUACCUUUCAAGAAAGGUGCUUUUCACCUCGCCAUACAAGCUCAAGUACCUCUGGUACCUGUCGUGUGCGAAAAUUACGCUCAUAUACUUGUCAUGAAGGGAGGAUGGAAGAAGUGGAAGUUUGAGUCAGGCACAAUUCGGGUGAAGGUGCUUGAAAAGGUAGAGACCAAAGGGUUGGACGCUACAGCUGUCGAUCGUCUCUUGGAGGAAAUUAGAGAGAGAAUGCUCAGCACGAUAGUGCAAUUAGGAAGGGAGAGAGCUCAAACGCAAUCGCAUAUUGCCAUGGCCGCAAACGGCAAGAAAUAUCUAUAAUACUGUCCUUUUAGGAUUGUUUCUGCAGCAGGGCGUCGUAAAAUUUUACGUGAUCAGAUUUUAGAUGAUCAUUCGGAUGAUGAGAUGAGUUUAUGCAUGGCAUGCCUGGCAUGAUUGUACAGAUUGUACAGGACAUUGGAGAAGGUCUAUUCUCAUUGAGCAUAAUUUGUAUAUACUUCGAAUCUUCUACAUAUUUAAAUUUCAGCCUUGAAAUUGCAGCGAAAGCGUCAGUACUUAAAGACGGGU